ACCUCGGAUUCUUGCUCACAAUAAACAUUUCUCUUUUAGUUGUGUUUCUUUACGCCAACAAAAGUUACAGAUUGGAGAAGCAAAUGGCUUCUGGGAAGGCAAUCGAAGUUGCCAUUAUUUUGGCACUGUUGGGCAUGCUAAGUGUUCUAGUGCUGGGUGAAGGAGGUGUGGAAUGUGAAAAGCUUCCAAUAGAGAUGUGUGCUUUCUCUGUCUCAUCCUCCGGAGCUCGCUGUGUGCUCGAGAAGAAAUACUCAUCCACUAGCGAGGGAUCAAUAGAAUACCAGUGCCAGUCAUCGGGCAUAAUUGCAGAGGAGUUGAAGGAAUGGAUUGAGAGCGAGGACUGCCUGCAAAGUUGUGGUUUGCAGAGAAUGAGUGUGGGCAUGUCGACUGAUGAUCUUUUCGAGAAUUCUGAUUUCACCUCUAAACUGUGCUCAAGCAAGUGCCAAAACAGGUGCCCUAACAUUGUCAAUCUCUACCAAAACCUCGCAGCAGGAGAAGAAAUAUAUUUGCCUCACAUGUGCGAGGCUCGCAAUACUCGCAAUACACGAAGCAGGAGAAUGAUGAUCAGGACUGCGUCUGCGCCAAGUGUUGGAGGACUGAAGAGUUUUUCCCUCGGUGGAGCAUCGGCACCUGCCCCUGAAUAGAGAACAUAUAUAUAUUACGUUGCCUAUAAUAUUCCAUUCAUAGAUUGUGUAUUGUUCUAGAAUUUCUCAUACUGACAUCUCGUCAUAUCAGGCGCUCUAGCUAUGAAUCUCGUAAUGUUUAUCCUUGAGUUGAGUAUAUAUACCGAGAAGGGUUUUAGAUAUUAGUCGAGUUGUCUGACUUCAUACAGUGCAGCUAACAUUAGCAAUCAAAAAGCGUUUCUUUACAA